UGAUGAACCAAUUUGCGCAACAAAGUUUUGCCCGUUAUCCUCAAACGUUUCACAAUACCGAAAGAAAACAAGCGAGUAAUGUUAACGCUAUUACCUUUUUUAAUGCUCCUUUCAAUUCUCCGGUUGUUCAAGUUUCCACAGGACCAAGAUACAAUAACGUGCUACCACCACCUAACCCUGCCA